UUAGCUAGACCUGGAGGAGAAAAGCCAGAGCUCGUACGUCGCAGCUGAGUCUUGGCUUCUCAACUGAUCCCGAGUUGUGCUGGGGAAAGGGAGCGGGAAGAGAGCUAUAAACCAGGAGGCCCUGAGACACAGCUAAGAGGAGGAAGACGGACCCAAGGGCUGGUCACAGGCCCCAAGUGUCCUGUGGACGUAGGAGAACAUUGUUGAAGUGAGAAAUUGCACGUGUCGGGCAAGAUGAGCUUUUCUGUAACCACCUGGGCCGACGGCGGCACCAACCAAGGCCUUCUGCCUUACCUGGUGGCUCUGGAUCAGUAUCAGCUAGAGGAAUUCAAGCUUUGCCUGGAACCCCAACAGCUGAUGGACUUCUGGUCAGCCCCCCAGGGGCACUUCCCGCAUAUCCCCUGGGCCAAUUUGAGAGCUGCCGACCCCUUCAAUCUGUCCUUUCUUUUGGAGGAACACUUCCCAAAUGGUCAGGCGUGGAAAGUGGUCCUCGGCGUCUUCCAGACAAUGAAUCUGACCUCAAUGUGUGAGGAAGUUAGAGCCAAGAUGAAAGGGAAUGUGCAGACCCAGGAGCUCCAAGGUCCAACCCAAGAAGACGUGGAGAUGCUCGAAGCAGCAGCAGGGAACGUGCAGACCCAGGGAUGCCAAGAUCCAAACCAAAAAGAACCAGAGGAGCUAGAAGAAGAAACAGGGAACAUGCAGACCCAGGGAUGCCAAGAUCCAAACCAAGAAGAACCAGAGGAACCAGAAGAAGAAACAGGGAAUGUACAGGUCCAGGGAUGCCAAGAUCUAAACCAAGAAGAACCAGAGAUGCUAGAAGAAGCAGACCACAGAAGAAAAUACAGAGAGAAGAUGACGGCUAAACUUUUGGAGACAUGGGACAAAAUCGAUUGGCCUAAAGACCACGUAUAUAUCCGUAAUACAUCAGAGGGUGAACAUGAGGAACUGCAGCGCCUACUGGAUCCUAAGAGGACUAGAACCCAGGCUCAGACGAUAGUCGUGGUAGGGAGGGCAGGGGUUGGGAAGACCACCUUGGCAAUGCAGGCUAUGCUGCACUGGGCAAAUGGAGUUCUCUUUCAGGAAAAAUUCUCCUAUGUGUUCUUUCUCAGCUGCCAUAAAAUAAGGUACAUGAAAGAAACUAGCUUUGCUGAAUUGAUUUCUUUGGAUUGGCCUGAUUCCGAUGCCCCCAUUGAAGAGUUCAUGUCUCAACCAGAGAAGCUCCUGUUUAUUAUUGAUGGCUUUGAGGAAAUAAUCAUAUCUGAGCCAAGCUCUGAGAGCUUGAAUGAUGGCUCACCAUGUACAGACUGGUACCAGGAGCUCCCGGUAACCAAAAUCCUACUCAGCUUGGUGAAGAAAGAAUUGGUUCCCCUGGCUACCUUACUGAUCACGAUCAAGAACUGUUUUGUGAUAGAUCUUAAGCCCUCCUUAGUGAAUCCCUGCUUUGUACAAAUUACAGGGUUCACAGAGGAAGACCUGUGGGUAUAUUUCAUGAGACACUUUGAAGACUCAAGGGAGGUUGAGAAAAUCCUGCAACAGAUAAGAAAAAACGAAAAUCUCUUUCAUUCCUGCAGUGCCCCCAUGGUGUGUUGGACCGUAUGUUCCUGUCUGAAGCUGUCGAAGGUGAGGUAUUAUGAUCUCCAGUCAAUCACACAGACCACCACCAGUCUGUAUGCCUAUUUUUUCUCCAACUUGUUCUCCACAGCAGAGGUGGAUUUGGCAGAUGAAAGCUGGCCAGGACAAUGGAGGGCCCUCUGCAAUCUGGCCAUGGAGGGGCUGUGGUCUAUAAACUUCACGUUUGACAGAGAAGACACUGAGCUCGAGGGCCUGGAAGUGCCUUUCAUUGAUUGUCUCUACAAGUUCAAUAUUAUUCAAAAAGGCAACGACUGUAGGGGUUGCAUUACUUUCACCCACCUAAGUUUCCAGGAGUUUUUUGCAGCCAUGUCCUUCGUGCUAGAGGAACCUAGAGAACUCCUUCCCCAUUCCACGAAGCCACAAGAGAUGAAGAUAUUACUGCGAGAUGUCUUGCUUAACAAAGAAGCCUACUGGACUCCAGUGGUUCUGUUCUUCUUCGGUCUUUUUAAAAAAAACCUAGCAAGAGAACUGGAAGAUACGUUGCAUUGUAAAAUGUCUCCCAGGGUAAUGGAGGAAUUAUUAAAGUGGGGAGAAGAGUUAGGUAAGGCUGAAAGUGCCUCUCUCCAAUUUCAUGUUCUACAACUUUUUCACUGCCUACACGAGUCCCAGGAGGAAGACUUGGCGAAGAAGAUGCUGGGUAAUAUCUUUGAAGUUGACCUUAAUAUUCCGGGGGACGAAGAACUCCAAGCUUCUUCAUUUUGCCUAAAGCACUGUAAAAGGUUAAAUAAGCUAAGGCUUUCUGUUAGCAGUCACAUCCUUGAAAGGGACUUGGAAAUUCUGGAGACAAGCGAGGUUGAUUCCAGGAUGCACGCCUGGAACAGUAUUUGUUCUACAUUGGUCACGAAUGAGAAUCUGCAUGAGCUAGACCUGAGUAACAGCAAACUUCAUGCUUCCUCUGUGAAGGGUCUCUGUCUUGCACUGAAAAAUCCAAGAUGCAAAGUCCAGAAACUGACGUGCAAAUCGGUAACUCCUGAGUGGGUUCUGCAGGACCUCAUUCCUGUCCUUCAGGGUAACAGCAAGCUGACCCAUCUGAACUUCAGCUCUAACAAGCUGGGAGCGACUGUCCCCCUGAUUCUUAAAGCUUUAAAACAUUCAGCUUGUAACCUCAAGUAUCUGUGGUUGGAGUCCUGUGGCCUGACCCACCAGACUUGUCAGCUCUUUCUCAAACUCACUGAGAACACGAGUCUCAGCUUCCUCAGCCUGGGGGACAAUGAUCUCUCUGAUGUGAAAAGCCUGAGGGAGUCCUCCACGCUACCAACGUGUCCCCUCAAGCAGCUGUCCCUGGAGAAAUGUAGCCUGUCGGCGGCCAGCUGUCAGGACCUGGCCUUGUUUCUCACCAGCAUCCAACACAUAACUCGAUUGUGCCUGGGAUUUAAUCAGCUCCAAGAUGACGGCAUCAAGCUGUUGUGUGCGGCCCUGACUCACCCCAAGUGUGUCUUAGAGAGACUGGAGCUCUGGUUUUGCCAGCUGGGAGCACCCAGUUGCAGGUACUUGUCAGAUGCUCUCCUGCAGAACAGGAGCCUGGCACACCUAAAUCUGAGCAAGAACCGCCUGGGAGACGAGGGAGUCAAGUUCCUGUGUGAGGCCUUGGGUCGCCCGGAUUGUAACCUGCAGAGCCUGAAUUUGUCAGGUUGUUCUUUCACAAGAGAGGGCUGUCGAGAGCUGGCUAAUGCCCUCAAGCAUAAUCAUAACGUGAAAAUCUUGGAUUUGGGACAAAAUGAUCUUCAGGAUGAUGGAGUGAAGCUACUGUGUGAGGCUCUGAAACCUUCACAUCGUGCGUUGCACACACUUGGGUUGGCAAAAUGCAAUGUGACAACUGCUUGCUGCCAGCAUCUCUCCUCGGUUCUCAGCAGCAGUAAGAGCCUGGUGAAUCUGAAUCUUCUAGGCAACGAAUUGGAUCAUGAUGGUGUCAAGAUGCUAUGUAAGGCUUUGAGAAAGUCGACAUGCAGGCUGCAGAAACUCGGGUAA